CUAGUUGCUGCUAGGUUAGGUUUAACUUUCAGGUUUAUAUUUGUUUACCUUUUCUGCUUGUAGACUACGGGACAGACAAAACAAAACUGCUUACGCGAGCCCCAAUUUUCAAAAAUGGCAACCCUAAAAAAAGACAUACAACUCCCAGAAAACCUAGUCAAAAAAAUCCUCUUCAAAAAACACAUAGAUUUCAUCAAUGAAUAUGGCAAAGACGAAAACAAUUUCGAAUAUGGAAUGACCGAUUAUCUUCGAGUCUCUGGUAUGUAUUGGGGGCUCACAGCUUUGGAACUAAUGAAAGCACAGCCCGUGCAAAGUAAAGACCACAUUAUUGCUUAUAUUAAACAAUGCCAGGACCCACAAAGUGGAGGAAUCAGUGCUUGUAUUGGUCACGAUCCCCACAUACUUCAUACACUCUCUGCCGUCCAAAUAUUGGCUAUGUACGAUAAACUUGAUGCAAUAGACUGCGAAGGGGUUGUGAAGUAUGUACAAAGUCUCCAGCAACCUGACGGAAGCUUUUCGGGCGAUAAAUGGGGUGAAAUCGAUACGCGUUUCUCUUUUUGUUCUGUUAUGACGUUGACUUUGCUUAAAAAAGAGGAUGCUGUUGAUUUGGACAAAGCAGUGGAAUUUGUUCAGAGUUGUAAAAAUUUUGAUGGUGGAUAUGGAUCAAGGCCUCUUUCAGAGAGCCAUGCAGGAUUGGUUUAUUGUAGUGUAGGAUUUUUUUCACUUACAAAGAGAUUAGAUUUGGUGGAUAGAGAUACUUUGGCUUGGUGGUUGUGUGAAAGGCAACUACCUUCAGGGGGCUUAAAUGGUAGGCCAGAAAAAUUACCAGACGUUUGCUAUUCGUGGUGGGUAUUAGCAUCUUUGGCUAUAUUAGGAAGAUUACAUUGGAUUGAUGGAGAAGCGCUGAAAAACUUUAUUUUUGCUUGCCAAGACACUGAAACUGGUGGUUUUGCAGAUAGGCCUGGAGAUGUAGCGGAUCCAUUUCACACAGUAUUUGGAAUUGCUGCAUUAUCGCUUUUGGGUCAGGAGAAUGUACAGAAAGUAAAUCCAACUUAUUGUAUGCCCCAACAUGUCAUCAAGCGAAUGGGAUUAAAUCCUGAAAUUUUAUCGGAGUUUCUCUUCUUUUUAUUUACAAAUUGGUCUGGCCUUAGCUACUAAAAUGUUUUCCGACUUUACUCGAUUAUUUCCGAAUGUAUCAACCUAACUUUAUAAAAUUGCAAAAGCAUCCAGCAUCUUUCUUUUACUGAUUAAUUUCUUGUUGGUUGCACGUGAAGGUGCCCCUAGUACCAAAGAUCGUACCUCGUUUAAAUUAAGAUUUAAGUGUUAUUUAUAGUUCUUUUCAACAUGACUACUAAAGUUCCUUUCAAAGUUGCCGAUCUUAAAUUAGCUGAAUGGGGCCGAAAAGACAUUGCACUGUCCGAAAACGAAAUGCCCGGUUUGAUGGCUCUACGCAAAAAGUACGGACCCUCCAAGAUUCUAAAAGGGGCGAGAAUUUCAGGUUGCCUCCACAUGACUAUUCAGACUGCUGUGCUAAUCGAGACUUUGAUCGAAUUAGGAGCCGAGGUCCAAUGGUCCAGUUCAAACAUCUUCAGUACGCAAGACCAUGCCGCAGCAGCGUUAGCCAAAAAAGGCAUUGCCGUUUACGCCUGGAAAGGCGAAACCGACGAGGAAUUCCUCUGGUGCAUCGAACAAACCCUAGUUUUCCCAAAUGGCAAACCGUUCAACCUUAUUUUGGACGAUGGUGGUGAUCUAACCAACCUGGUCCAUCAAAAAUAUCCCGAAUACUUGAAAGGAUGCAAAGGACUCAGCGAAGAGACCACCACAGGUGUUCAUAAUUUGUACAAAAUGGUUAAAGAAGGAAAAUUAACAGUUCCCGCGAUAAAUGUCAAUGAUUCAGUAACUAAGAGCAAAUUUGACAAUUUAUAUGGUUGUCGUGAAUCAUUAAUAGAUGGCAUCAAACGCGCCACUGACGUAAUGAUCGCUGGUAAAGUAGCUGUGGUAGCAGGUUACGGCGAUGUAGGCAAAGGUAGCGCCCAAUCACUUAGGGCCUUUGGUGCUAGAGUACUUAUUACCGAAAUCGAUCCAAUUUGUGCUCUUCAAGCCGCCAUGGAAGGCUAUGAAGUCACUACAAUGGAAGAGGCUAGCAAAGAAGGACAAAUUUUCGUUACAACAACAGGAAAUAAAGAUAUAAUUAAAAGUCAACAUUUAUUAAACAUGAAAAAUGACUCGAUUGUCUGUAAUAUCGGUCAUUUCGAUUGUGAAGUUGAUGUGGCCUGGCUGGAGAAAAAUCACAAAUCUAAAGUUAACAUUAAACCCCAAGUUGAUAGAUACGAACUUGAAAAUGGCAAUCACAUUAUUGUUUUGGCAGAAGGACGUUUGGUUAACUUGGGCUGUGCCACUGGGCAUGCUUCAUUUGUAAUGUCGAAUAGCUUUACCAAUCAAUGCUUGGCUCAGAUUGAGCUCUGGACUAAACCUGGAGAAUAUUCUGUGGGAGUUCAUGUGUUGCCUAAAUCUUUGGACGAGGAAGUUGCCAGAUUACACUUGGAUCAUUUGGCCGUUAAACUUACGAAACUUUCACCAGAACAGGCGAAGUAUAUUGGAGUACCACUCAAUGGACCCUACAAGCCUGACCAUUAUAGAUACUAAGUUGGAGUCUCGAAAUUCUUGAGAUGCAAAAAUAAUUGUAUUUUUUUUUGGGUAAUUUUGGAAAAUGAAAAAUAAAAAACUUAAAUUGUCCUAAGUUUAUUUUAAUUUAAUAACAAUCAGAAAUGGCAAAAAAAUUCAAAUAAGUAUUUGUAACUAGUGCAAGAAAACAAACAUUGAUGGGUUUGUUCCAACCUUCUCCUAAAGACUAUAUUUUUCCUCAGUAUGUUUGAUUGAAACGACCCAAAUGGCUUCUUUCGACUGGUAAUCGAAUGAGGCCCUAAUUGUUAUUUCACAAUUUUAAAAAACUACUAAAAAUUAUCAACUAAUAGUCUUUGGGUUUCCUACCACAUGUGCGUCUCUCUUAUUUCACUUAUUAUGUGAGCCGCUCUUUGCAAUGCCUAAAAAACAUAUUUUUUUAAAAAAUUUAUGGUAUGAACAAACAGGACGCAGGACAGACCAGGGAUAGUGGAAAGUUCAAGGAUUUUCCAAGGUUCAAUCUACCAGGUUCUUACCUUCAACAUAUCACCAGCCUCCUUACGUCUCUGGGCAAUAUGCUCAGACUCAUCUAAUAAUUGAUCUGCAUUAUCAGCCUUAUACAAACAAGUUACCAACUCAGAUUGUAGAUUAUCCUUAACAAAAUUAACUAGAAAAUGCAUUAUGGCUUUGGGCACCGUAUCCUGUAUAGAUUUCCUCACAAUAUAAAAAUACGAUUUGAUAAGACGUUCAAUAAUUUCACAGUCGUGCUCCUCGUUGGCCGAUAAGUUCCUAUAACUUCGACCAUCCACAGGAACCUGAGGCAAUAGGUUGACAGGUUUAUCGGGGCUUAAUACUGAUCUUAAAUCGUGCUCCGCUUGACUCUCGAAAACUUUAUUGGUGUGAUUCAAAUCAUUUUCCUUUAAGCCGUUUUGUUGGGAAGUUAGAUUUGAUACCCAGGUUGUAGCGUCGUCGUUUAGCUGAGAGUUACUGUUGGAUCUUGACUGCAAAAAAUUUGGACUUUUGGUAAAUUUUUGAUGGAUGAAAUGAAGAGACGAUAAAAUUAUUGAUGAUUGGAUGUGAUUUUACGAAAAUUACCUCAUCCUUUCUGUCUUGUAAUGUGAACAUAUUGGUAAAGAAGGAUCUACUACGCCCGUGUCUAAUCUGGAAUUGGGAGUUAGUUUGGGUUAAAACAAAACAGUAUAAAGGACCAAAGCAAGGUUAGAAUUAAAUUAUAUUUUUUUGAAGGAAGAUUGGUUUCAAAUUGGUGAAAGGAAUGCAAAUUGUGUCAAAAGUAAAUUAGAGGCAAAAAACAAACAGGCGAGCGACUUAUUAACGGCAUCAUUGCAUAAUUCCAUUGAUAGUUCCUACAAUAUUGAUAUAAUUUUUAUAGCAAUGGAAACAUUCAAAAAGUAUUGAAAUUCAGAAAGAAUGCGAGCUGCGGGGACCUUAAAACAAACUGUUUAAUCAUUGAUUAGAUAGGUAAAAGGCCUCUGAUUCCACAGAAAUCACAAACGAGUCGGAGCGUUUUUGAUUGGUCCAGAUCGCCAACAACCAGCUUCCUGACUAUUUUCCACCAAUGAAAUUCGCUCUGACUGGUUUGUAAUUUCUGUGAAAACAGACCUAUAGCCUUGUGGUGUAGAGGCCUAAAACAAAUAAGUUGCAACUGAACUUUUGUUGGUAGAAAAAACUAUUUCUGAAAAAAAAAAAAAUUAAUAGGUUCCCAGUCAUCUCUGGUUCAACUAUUAACUUUUUCAAAACCUUAGAAAGGAGGCAAAACAUUAAUUCUUGCUAAAUCCAAUUCCAAAGAUCAAUAACUAUGUAUUUGUGCCUCAAUUUGACCUGGAAUUGUUACAGUAUUUCCUAGCCUAUUAGUGGAUGUAUCCACCCAACAAAGACAUGUCAAGUCGCUCAUACCAUAGUUAAGAACAAAUAGGCUCUAAACUUUACUUUUGAUACACUGUUGGACAAUAACAAGAAUCUCAAAACGCGAUUCCUCACAACCCAUGAAUGAUAUUGGUUAAUAAGUGCAUAUUUUUAUAAAAACCACUCAGAAACAAAAAAAAAUACACUUUCUCUACCUGAACAACAUUCAUGAAGUCAUUAUAGCUAGACACCGGUAAUAUUCGAAAUAAAUAAUUAAAAAAAUCUGCUGGAUCAGUAUUGGCCGAAGCUCUGUUAAACCUCUAGAAAAAAAAGACAUUGGGGCUUGUUUCAACCCCAUUGAGCACUCUGUUCAAGAAUAUAAGGGUUGAAAAAAACCAAAAUAAAUUAAAAAAAAAAAAAAAAUACUAACCAAUUCUGUAGGUUCAGGAUAAGCUUGUUGUUGCACCAUAGCAGGUUUCCCGUACAAACUUUUUGGUCUAUUGGCAGGUCUAGAAGAUUGGUCUCCAGAUUUGAUCAUCGUCGGAGGCACAGCGGCCACGUCUUUAUAAAAAUCAGGAUGUUUUGUGUUUAUAUAAGCUAAUUCUAUGGCCACCAAAUUUUCAACCAUCGAAUUGGUUGUAGGCAAACGACGUCUUAAUACUUGAGUAACUACGUCUACUAUAGAAUCGUACAGUUUUGGAAAACGGAGCAUUUCUUGUUGCACUUCAUUACCACAAUGCUAUAAAUAUUAUAUUAAAACAUUAAAAACGCCAUUACAAAAAUAUUACCUGAAUAAUCCUUUGCAUUUCUUCAUGAAUCAACUCUACACACCUAAGUGAAGGCUCUUCUAGUCUUCUAAUUUGCCUCUUGACAAGUAACUCAAAAGAAACUUCAGGCACAAAUAGCGCAGGGCGUGGUCCAUUCGCAUUCCUUAUUGCUGUAAGAAUAUCCAUUUUAGUCAAUCCUGCUAGAGGAUGUAUAUGAUCUAAAGUUCUUCCAAAAGUUUCAUGGAAAAUAUAGCAAAUCCUUGCACCACCACACAGUUCUGUAGUUUCAAUGUUCCUGGAAGUUCCUUCAAUAGUUGAACAAUAAGCCGAGGCGAAUUUUGUUAUUAUUUGCAAUAACGUUUUGCUUUUAUCUGAAAUAUCUUCCCCAUAAGAGCUAAGCAAGGAUUGAAAUUGUGACAUCAUUAAAUUGACUCUAGUUUUAAGAUCGGGCAGACAAUCUCUAAUAUGAUGCAUCAACAAUCUGUUCAACGUCUUUGCUAAAUACGGAGUACCAUUUCUAGCCGCUAAAGUAGGAUAUUUUGUUUGUAGAAAUGAGGCUUCAUCUUUCAAAGAAUCCUUUAUAGUUUUAUUGUUCAUUAUAUCCUGUUGAGAUCUAUUAACUACACCAAUAAUGCCAAGUUUAACGGGUAUAACACGGCCGCAUAAAAUAUCAAUUGCAUCAGUGCCAGCGUCCAUCAAGUCAAGUUUAGUUACUACAGCCAAUGUUCUUCUACCAUCCGGGUCCACAUCUUUGGCAAUGGACAAACUUUCUGAUGUUGCCAUGUCAGUGUUGGCUGUAACCACAGCCAAUAUAAUUGAGUUGGGAUUGGCGAUGUAUUUUAUAACUAAUUCGCGGAUUUGACGUUCAAUAUCUGGAGGUUGGUCUCCAACAGGAACCUAAUUAAUUAAUUUAUUGUAUUGAUUUUUUUAAAAUUAAUAAUAAUGAUUGCUUACCUUUGUGAUACCAGGUAAGUCUACUAAAGUAAGAUUAACCACUUUGGUUGAGAAUAUUUUAAGAUUAAUAGGUUCUGGACAGAUUCCUUUAUUGCUACCAGCAAUUCGAUUGGUUUCUUCUUCAAUUUCCAUACGGAUUUUUUCAAAGUCUCUGAAUAUUUUGUCUUUAGUGUGCAGAAAAGUGCCCCAGUCAUCAACUUCGACUGUUC